AGAGAGAGAGAGAGAGAGAGAGAGAGAGAGAGAGAGAGAGAGAGAUUAUGCCCACAAUGGCGACCGAAGGUAUGUUUCAAAACCUUUGGUUCCUUAUCCGGGGACUACCUCUCACUCUGCCAUUGGGCCGUGGGGUCACGUGGUAAAAGUAACUUUACAGGGCUGCUCGCAAGUAGGAGGGCUAUAUGGAGCAGAAAAACGACAAAGCUAGAAAAAUAAAUUUCCACUGCAGAAAUUAAUGAUCAUGAGCUCGUAUUUGAUGGACUCUACCUACAUUGAUCCGAAAUUUCCUCCAUGCGAGGAAUAUUCGCAAAAUAGCUACAUCCCCGAGCACAGCCCCGAAUAUUAUAGCCGGGCAAGGGACCCUGGCUCUGGUUACCAGCAUCACCAUCAGGAGUUAUACCCUCCGCGGGCGAGCUACCAAGAGCGCCAAUAUAACUGUGCAAGCAUCCCUGAACCUGACACGCAAAGGGGACAUGGACUACCUCAUUCUGCGCACCUGCUUGCAGGCAAAGGGCAGCCAGCCUCAUGUGAGACCCCACAGUUACCCAUGUCCCCCUCCACCCCACCGGCUGCAUCCUCCGCCUGCAACCAAGCUACACCGGAGCAUCCAAACAGCUCAGCCUCCAAGCAGCCCGUGGUAUACCCAUGGAUGAAGAAAAUUCACGUCAGCACCGCGAACCCGAAUUACAAUGGGCCGGAUUCCAAGCGGUCUAGGACAGCCUACACUCGACAGCAGGUCUUAGAAUUGGAGAAGGAAUUCCACUAUAACCGCUAUUUAACUCGGCGGAGGCGCAUCGAGAUAGCUCAUACCUUGGUUCUCUCCGAACGACAAAUCAAGAUUUGGUUUCAGAACCGCAGGAUGAAGUGGAAAAAAGACCAUAGGCUUCCGAACACCAAAGUGAGAUCCUCCUCCACGGGCAUAUCCUCCGGUUCCAACACAACCUCAUCAGCCGGCGUUGUCGCCACUUCCUCGGCCACUGAUAGCAUUACACCCGAUGAACUGUCUGGAGUAGAGGAUGGCGAGGAUAUUACAAGGUUAUAAGGCGAAAAGAAAACCACUUCAAGAAGGGGGAUAGUGAAAUGACUGAUUAUUUAUAGUAUAUUAUAUAUUUUGUUUUCGUAGGUAUUUGUGCGGUUUCAUUUAAGUCCAAAGUUAUAUAAAAUGCAUGUUAUAUAGCAUGGAUUUAUGCGAAUACGGAUGGGUUAUUUUUACGUGACACAGGGUUUAAGUUAUUUAAUGCUGAAUCAAGAUGAUGUUUUUUUAUGAGAAAAAUGUUUUGAAUGAAGGAAAAUAAUGUACAUUUUAUCUAAAUGUUAUUGUGAGCCAUUUGUUUGCCCUGCCGCCCAAGUUGAAAUGCACAAUCUAUUUAUUUCAAGCUCAACACUGGAAGAAUAUCAUUAUUAGGCUAUCAUAGUUAUUUUUGGUAAAAAUGCUGCAACAUACCGAUGGAACAUUGAUCUUGAACGCAUAUGUUCAGGAUUAUAACAAGGUGAAUUACCUCUUUGCUUUCAAAAACAGGAUUUUGAAUUACAAUCUAGUUUGUGGUGUGUUUAGCAGAUUAUUGUGAAAUGCAAUAAACAGAGUUGAGUGUAUUUGUGAUAAUCAUAUUGGUCAAUAAAAAAGUGAGUGUACUAGUUUUA